UGCUUGGUUGGGUGGUAGCUUCCAAGGCCACUGUAAAUGUGUAUCAGCAAAUCCAGAAACAGCCAGGAAGGGAACAAAGUUUAGUCUGUGAGUAAACAGUCGGCUGCCCAGCAGUUUCACGCUGUCCAGUAGUUUCAUGCUGUCCAGACUUCAGGUCUAGGUUUUGGAGCCCUCUCUUGCAUCAGAACUCCCUUCUAAUGAUCCUCUGAGUGUCAUCUCAGGACCUUGGUCACACUCAUGGCACGAUGGCCAACCCUCAGGAGCACCUGAGCUCCUCCCCUUCUCCACACUUACCCUUGAGUGAACGCAGAGUUUUCAGUGGACCACAAGAUGAACUCACAGCUAUGGGGAACCACCCUUCACCCAAGCUCCAUGAGGACCACCAGGAAAAGGUGGUGGGGCAAACAGAGCUAGUCGAGAGCACGAACAGCCCCAUCACCACUACAGUGCUGACAAGUAUGAGUGAGGAUUCCAGGGACCAGUUUGAGAACAGUGUUCUUCAGCUAAGGGAGCAAGAUGAAUCAGAGAUGGCUGUGUCUCAGGGAAAAAACAACACUGUGGAUGGAGAGAACAUGAGUGGAACUGAAGACAUCAAGAUUCAGUUUAGCCGGUCAGGCGGUAGCAGUGGUGGGUUUCUUGAAGGACUCUUUGGAUGCUUGAGGCCUGUAUGGAAUAUCAUUGGGAAGGCAUAUUCCACUGAUUACAAGUUGCAGCAGCAAGAUACUUGGGAAGUGCCAUUUGAGGAGAUCUCAGAGCUGCAGUGGCUGGGUAGUGGAGCCCAGGGAGCUGUCUUCUUGGGCAAAUUCCGAGCAGAAGAGGUGGCCAUCAAGAAAGUGAGAGAACAGAAUGAGACGGAUAUCAAGCAUUUGAGGAAGUUGAAGCACCCUAACAUCAUCGCGUUCAAGGGUGUAUGUACUCAGGCCCCGUGUUAUUGUAUCAUCAUGGAAUACUGUGCCCAUGGACAACUCUACGAGGUCUUGAGAGCUGGCAGGAAGAUCACACCUCGAUUGCUGGUAGACUGGUCCACAGGAAUUGCAAGUGGAAUGAAUUAUUUGCACCUCCAUAAGAUUAUUCAUCGUGAUCUCAAAUCACCCAAUGUCUUGGUGACUCAUACAGAUGCAGUAAAAAUUUCAGAUUUUGGUACAUCUAAGGAACUCAGUGAUAAAAGUACCAAGAUGUCCUUUGCUGGCACAGUUGCAUGGAUGGCACCAGAGGUGAUACGGAACGAGCCUGUCUCUGAAAAGGUUGAUAUAUGGUCUUUUGGAGUCGUCCUUUGGGAGCUGCUGACGGGAGAGAUCCCUUACAAAGAUGUAGAUUCUUCAGCCAUAAUUUGGGGCGUUGGAAGCAAUAGCCUACACCUUCCAGUUCCUUCCACUUGCCCUGAUGGAUUCAAAAUCCUCAUGAAACAGACGUGGCAAAGUAAACCUCGCAACCGACCUUCUUUUCGGCAGACACUCAUGCAUCUGGACAUCGCAUCUGCAGAUGUGCUUGCGACCCCGCAAGAGACGUACUUCAAGUCUCAGGCUGAAUGGAGAGAAGAAGUAAAAAAACACUUUGAAAAGAUCAAAAGUGAAGGAACUUGUAUACACCGAUUAGAUGAAGAACUGAUUCGAAGGCGCAGAGAAGAGCUCAGGCAUGCUUUGGAUAUUCGUGAACACUAUGAGAGAAAGCUUGAGCGGGCCAAUAAUUUAUACAUGGAACUGAGUGCCAUCAUGCUGCAGCUGGAAAUGCGGGAGAAGGAGCUCAUUAAGCGUGAGCAAGCUGUGGAAAAGAAGUACCCUGGGACCUACAAACGACACCCUGUCCGUCCAAUAAUCCACCCCAAUGCCAUGGAGAAACUCAUGAAAAGGAAAGGUGUGCCCCACAAACCUGGGAUGCAGACCAAACGGCCAGAUCUGUUGAAAUCUGAAGGCAUCCCCAGUACAGAAGUGGCUCCCACUGCAUCUCCUUUGUCGGGAAGUCCCAAAAUGUCCACCUCAAGCAGUAAGAGCCGGUAUCGAUGCAAACCUCGCCACCGCCGGGGGAAUAGCAGGGGCAGCCAUAGUGACUUUGCAGCAAUCCUGAAAAACCAGCCGGCCCAGGAAAAUUCACCCCAUCCUACCCACCUACACCAAGCUGAAUCCCAGUACCCUUCUCUCCAUCACCAUAAUCUGCAGCAGCAAUACCAGCAACCCUCUCCUGCCAUGUCUCAAAGUCACCAUCCCAGACUCACUAUGCACGGACAGGACAUUGCAACCUGCACCAACAACCUGAGAUACUUUGGCCCAGCAGCAGCCCUGCGGAGCCCACUCAGUAACCAUGCUCAAAGACAGAUGCCUGGUUCGAGCCCCGACCUCAUCUCCACAGCCAUGGCAGCAGAUUGCUGGAGAAGUCCUGAGCCAGACAGGAGUCAAGCUGACACCUGGGGCUGUUGUCAGGCUGACCCUUAUGACCCUUGCCUCCAGUGCAGACCAGAACAGUCUGGGUCUUUGGACAUACCCUCCGCUGAGCCAGCGGGGAGGAGCCCUGACCUUUCCAAGUCACCAGCACACAAUCCCCUCUCAGAAAAUGCCCAGAGUUCUGAGAAAAUGGAAGAAGAUGAAUUCAACACGUGUAGGACUGCAUCAUCCCUUGGCACCCCUCAUCACGUCACUCCCCCAGUGCUACCUCGUAAAACAAGGCCCCUUCAGAAGAGUGGAGAUGACUCUUCAGAAGAGGAAGAAGGGGAAGUAGACAGUGAAGUUGAAUUUCCACGAAGACAGAGGCCCCACCGGUGCAUCAGCAGCUGCCAGUCGUACUCGACCUUCAGCUCUGAGAACUUCUCCGUGUCUGAUGGGGAGGAGGGAAAUACCAGUGACCACUCCAACAGUCCUGAUGAGUUAGCUGAGAAACUUGAAGACCGCCUGGCGGAGAAGCUAGACGACCUGCUAUCCCAGACGCCGGAGAUCCCCAUUGAGAUAUCCUCACACUCAGACGGGCUCUCUGACAAGGAGUGUGCCGUGCGCCGCGUGAAGACGCAGAUGUCUCUGGGCAAGCUGUGCGCCGAGGAGCGUGGCUAUGAGAACCCUAUGCAGUUUGAAGAAUCGGACUGUGACUCUUCAGAGGGGGAGUGUUCUGAUGCCACAGUUAGGACCAAUAAACACUACAGCUCUGCUACUUGGUAAUGAAGGAGUACACAUCCUGAAGAUCUCGUAACUAUACUGGCAUUUCAAAUCCACCCAGCCCCAGACUCUUCCCACUCUCUACCUGCUUUAUGUCCGGGAAGAGAACUGCCCUAUCUUUACUACCCCUAGAAAUGAGCUGCAAUAACAGGAACAUGAGACUUCGCAAAUCUCUGGAAAAAAAUAUCCAAAUGAAAUUAAGUCUCACUGAACAUUUCAAUCAAGAAUGGCAGGGAUCUAUUUUAUUGAAUAUUCUAGCUACUGUAACAUUGAUAUUUAUUUUUGUUUGACAUUUUAACACUUUGUACUGUAAAGAGUGAACUAUAUAUGAGAUAGAGAGAGAUACAAUAAUUUCUUGCAAAAAAAAAAAAAAGAGAAGAAAGAAAAGAGAAAAAGAAGUGACAUAUAGAAGCAACAUCCUUGGGAAUUCGUGGGGGUGGGAGGUAUCAUUGUUGCUUGAAUAGGGGACCAGGUCUUUUGGCCGUGAAUGACUGAAGAUGAGACACAUUGAGCCUUUAGAACAUAAACAACAGCAAAAGAGAAGCAAUUCCAGGCGACUUGGGACCAGACCACAUUAAGUUCAACCAUAUUGUGCCGGUGGGUGAUGGAAAUAUCCUUAAAAGGUUUGGUGACCAGAUACUUGCACCCAGGGUCCUUGAGGACAUGUACUUCCUCUAGGAGGAAAAAACAAUAACAAACUGUAUAUGUGGAAGCUGAUUUCAUAUUUAAAAUUUUAAGCAGCAUUUGAUAGUGAGGCUUACAGAUAGCGUCAAACCUUGUCCUUGACAAAUAUUUCCCCUUUUAAUGCUGUCAUUGUCAUGACUGUGACAAAUGUGUUGUAGACUCAAGUGCCAUUUUCUUGUAGCUUAUUUCCUUUCUACCUGCUGACCUUUAGGAAAAACUGUGCUGGGGAGAAGAAAAGAAUCAGAGAAAAGGAAAAUCUCUAACAGUGUUAGACAAAAACGAAUGUGGAAGUUUUAAAAAUAUAUUCUUAGGAUGGCCCAGUUCAGCUACAUGGACAAGAUGGGAUUGCCCCUCUCUGGAACCAGGUUACUUGUCUGCUACAAACAUAGUGAUUCAAACAGAAGAACAGACUUUGAAGGCAGCUAGGAUGUGUGUGUGUGUGUGUGUGUGUGUGUGUGUGUGUCUAGCCCUAAACCAUCCCCUGGUUUUUAUUCAUUAAAACCUAUCCUAGAAGCUUUAGUGACUGGCUACCACUGUCAGAAUAAAGGCAAAAUAAGCAACUUCCAAAAGGCAAUUCUUCUCCCAGCAUAUUAGCAUUUGUGUUGAAUGCUACUUAUAAAAUAACUUUUAUUCCACUCCAAAUCAAUGAGGUUUUGAAUAAUUGGAUUUAGAAAUUGGUAGAAAGACCAGUGAUGUUGAGCAAGGAUUGGAAAGAGUUUUACACUGUCAAAAGCAUGAGGUCCUUCCUAUCUCCAGGGUCAUGGGCUCCGAAAAGCAUCCCAAGGUACUUCGUGGUACCUUGGCUUUAAGGAAAAUUGUGUGUAGAAUUUUAUAGACAAACAGAUGUUGACCUAGUUCCUGUCUGUGUCUCCAAGAUAGGUUACUACCAAACAACCCUUGGAUUCACUAGACUCUCACUGCAUCAUGUUGAACGUUAGGAAAGACGCCCCCAGUAGCUGUUAAACCCUUCCCAGUGCAGAUGAGAAUGCUGCCCCUCCUCUGGGUUUCACUAAUUGCAUCAGCCAAAAAGGAAGAGCAGGAGGGAAUUUAGAGCAGUUCCUUUUGCUUCUUUGAUCCCUCCAGUUGUUUACACUUUAUGUUGAGACAUUGAUUUUAAAAUUUAUUGUCUAUGAUUUAUAGCUCUUAGGUAGAAUGAAGGAAAAUGUUUAACUUAUACAGAAAGCAGUAUUGUUUGCAUUAAAUUAUUCCAUUUUGUAUAAAUUCUGUAGCUGGACUACAUGAAAGGUCUUAAGUUAUGGCAUUAUUAUCAUUGUUAUUUUAUUUUAUAAUAUUACCAUUCUCAUUUUCUGUUGAUCAGAAGGUGUGAUUUACAGUGUAGCACAAUGAUCAUGUUUAUCGCUAACUGUGAAUUAUUAUGGGUUUUAUGAUUUUAAUGAAGGAAUGAAAAUGGAACUGCCAUUUGGGAGCUCCCUGUUAUUCAUUUUAGCUGUAUUCCCUAAUUUUCUACUUAACAAUAACAAUCAUCUGAGGAUGUGUUUUCUGCCCUGAAGCCCAAUGGAUACAUUGUGAGUUUGACUGGAUCCUGGAAGCUCCAGGGUGGGCAGAUGACUGAGUGGAUGGGCAAAUAGUUCAAAAGCUGUAAAUUUCCUCAAGUAUCUUAGGAACUAAAAUCAUGGGACUACAUUAGAAGCAAAAAAAAGAAUUAUUUAAUGCCCCAAGAGGAACAGUCCUAGAGAGAUUUUUCGUGGGGCUCAUGGAUUAGUUUCAAGAAUUGACAACAUAGGUCGUAAUCUCCUUACUGCCAGAUCCUUCAACACCACCCUCUUUUCUUUUACUUCAGAUUAGCAAGGAGACUAAGAAAAAAUUAUAUACAGUAGUCCCUCCUCAUCUGAGAUUUUACUUGCCUUGCUUUCAGUUACCUACAAUCAACCAUGGACUGAAAAUAUUAAAAACUCCAGAAAUAAACAAUUCAUAAAUUCUAAACUGCACGCCAUUCUGAGUUACGUGGACGAAAUCUUGCACGAUGCCACCUUGAGUGUGAAUCCUCCCUCUGUCCAGCAUAUCCCUGCUGUGGACAUGUCCUACCCAUUUGUAGUAGCCAUGUUGGUUAUCAGAUCAAUUGUGGCAGUUAUUGCAGUGUGUGUGUGUUCAGGUAACCUUUAUUUUACUUAAUGAUAGCCUCAAAAGGCAAGAGUGCUAGACCUAAUUUAUAGAUUAAACUUUAUCAUAGGUCUGUAUGUAUGGGAACAAACGUAGCCUAUAUAAAGGUUUGGUACUAUCUUCGGUUUUAGGCAUCCACUGGGAGCUCUUGGAACAUAUCCUCCACAGCUAAGGGGGGACUACUGUGUGUGUGUGAAAAUAUAUAUGUAUAUGUAUGUAUAUACAAUGUGUGUACAUAUAUACAUAUAUGUAUAUAUGGCAUGACAUAAAAUGCCUAGCUAUGAUGUCAUCACAUAAUAAGAUUAAAGACAGUCAAAAAAAAAGGCACAGUCACUUAAAGGAUCAAGUGCUGGAAACGUACCUUGAAAGGCCAUAUAGUGACUUCAGAUCAAACUAUAUAUUUUUUUUUUUUUUGGUGCAUUACUCCUUAGAAUGGGGACACUACAACUCUAUGUCUACUUUCUGCCCAACAUAAAACACUGACACUUUAGUUUAUCCAGUUGUUGCCCACCUUUAGUGGCAACUGAGAAACGUGAGGGUCAAGUUCUGUCUUCUACCUUUCUGUUAUGGUCUUCCUAGAAAACCCAUCCCAGAUACCUCAUAUUUUUUAUCAGUUUUUUGAAUUCCCAUUCUUUACUAUCUGUUAUGCUAAUGGCAUACGCCUUCCCUAGAUUAACUGUUCUGAGCAUAUUAAGGUAGUACACAAUGGUUGAAUCUUUAGUCAUUCGUUGUGUUGUUAAGAGUUGAAUAAGGUCCACUUGGAAUACAUUUUUUGAGUAGAAUUGACCAGAAGUUUCAGGAGGACCAGUGCUCUCUGGUUAAAAAGGUAAAUGCCUUCUCUAUCCCAGCUUGGCCCUUCCCUGCCUGCCUAUAAUAAGCAGGGAUAUCUUGAAUUGAUAUAUGUUUCUUUGAGAAUAACUCCACACUCAUCUGAAGAGUAUUGAAUCAAGAGCUCAGGGAAUUUAUGAGCUAAUUUUUCAGUCCUGAGAAGUGUGCAACAGUGCUCCAAGGACAUCACAAGGCUGAUUUCAAGCUUCUUCACUGAAAGCUUAAUACCCUUGGCAUGAACAUCCAUAUGCAUUCAACAUCUGGUUUUGACUGUAAGAUAAUGAGUUUUAAUUUAUGUUGCAGAUGAGCAUUUGGUUCUGAUUUCCAUCUAUUUCUAGAUCAUGUCCUCUGAAUAACAAUUCCUCUUAAAAUUGCAUAGCAGAAGGACUGGGAAGCCUGCAUCCACUUUGAAAUUAUAAUGGAUCUUACCAGCACUAAAAUUUACCCCUGUUUGCAAGAUUGUGGGGAGCUCCCAAGCAGGAAGGUGAAGAUGCCACCCCUAAUGUAAGAUGAUUUGUAUGGCCUACUGAAGUUCAGAUACUGUGUUUGAAAAUGUUAGUAUCGACAAAUCUACCCUUCUAAAAUGAGGACAUUUUUAGUAGGAUUUAGUAGGGCAUCUACGAUAGGGCUUUGUUGUGCUAAAUUAUGCCCUUCUCCUUCCCUGAGUAAUAGAUGUGUUUUGGAUUUUCCUAGUACCAAACUACCGUAUUUAAACUGUUCUCUCCCACUAUGGAGCACUGAUAUCCUUUGAGAGUAAAUGCACCCUUAUUUAUUAGAUGAUUUACUUUAAAAAAAAAAAAAAGCUCCAUUUUUUUUUUCUUUUCUCAAAACAUUCCUAUUUGAAGUUCCUGGAACUGAAAUCUCCAUAACAUAAUAUUUGGAGAAAUUCCUACCCCACUACACAGUAACGUGUGCUGUUUUUUAUUUUGUUUUACCGGUGAACCAGAAACCAAAAUAUGACCUACUUACCACCUCCAUCCUAAACACCCAAAGCCAACAUUACUUAUUGAGCAUUGAGUGUACAAACCUCAGAACCUCUCACAACAUGGCACAUGAAGCAAUAAUUACCCCUUGCAAAGGGAAACCCAUUUGCCAUCCCCGCUCAAAGUUCAUAAUUUUUUAAAGAUGAACUUUUGAGUUAGCUCUGAAAGGAGAGAAAAUGACAGGCUCAUACUAGAGUUCUCCUUAAGAAUCCCACCUAUGGCUGUCAGGGACAGUACCAUUGGCAGAGGAAGGGCCACCUAUCUCUACCCUUUUGGACUACAGUUCCAAAAGAAGAAUCACCAAUUGCUCAUGGGUCAAAUUCCAAAAUGUCUCUGCUUUCACAUCAUUUAACUGUACUGACUGAGCGUGUUCCUCCCUUCUAUAAACAGAAAGUUAGUAUGGUAAGUCUCAGUUACUUGCUUCUUUAGACUAUGAGACUGAUAUACCAAAACAAUGUGACUUUCUUUUCAAGACUGUGACGUACUGUCAGUGUGAAUUUAGUGCCUUUCCAGGCAGCAAGACUUUUCUUCUCUGCUGAUUUCAUAGGACAGACAUCACAGUAUACUCACAAUACCAGUGUUAGCAACCUCAGAGACUGGCACAUUAGAAUCAUGUUAGUCUGCCUGUUUGCAUGUUACAACUGAUACUGCAAACACCUCUUUAAGUUGGAAUGAAAUAGGCUGCUAAGUGGAGGACCCUUGUGGAACCUGGAGCAUUUCUCAGGGAUGGGUGGCAAAAGAAGUGAGCUCUGAAAUCACCAUUCUGAGAAACAGAGUUAUAGACACCAAAGGAGUUGGGUUAGGGAUUUUGUUAACCAUCGACUGACUGGGGCACAAUGGCGGGAUUUUACAAGAGCCAAGCCCCAAGCAAGUAACAAGGCCACUGUAAGGAAGCUUCCAGCAGCAUCCCAAGCCUGCUCUUCCGAGCCACUUCACAGCACGCAGGGGAUGGCUGGCUCCUGGCCCCAGGCCACUGUCCAUUGACCAAGUGGACAGGGUCCUCCAAUGGUUGCAGACCAGAGGGACCUCUGACCAAAAUGCACAAGCUAUUAGGAAGAUGUCAUCCCAGUGGUUCUUUACUUCCAAAGUGACCACUUUCAAGACUCCAGAUUUGGCAAGACCAUCUUUGAUUCUUUAUUCCAUGUAUGAUAAUUUUAACUCCUGUCAACUUGGACAGAUUAAAUUUCUUUUUGGUGGUUAAGUCCCAAAAUGCACCCCCUCACAUCCCGUGUGGUCUCCUGUACUUAGUCCCCUGUUCCCGGUUUUGUGUUCUGAUGUGGGCUCCCUUUGUAUUGAACAGCCAUGGGAACAAGAACGACUAUCAAAGCAAACAAAUGCAUGGAAUUAAACAAGUGUACUUCACCA